AUGGCAGACGAAGUGAUAGAUCAACUCUGGUAUCAUUCUAGCAGGGGCAAAACAUCUAGCAAGGAGAUUGAUACCCAGGCACCUGGACUCAAGUUUUGUAACAAAUGUUGCAAAGGUGCCACGAUCGUCUUAAAGCAUCGCAUUGCUUUGCAACCCAUGUCAAACUACUACAUGGUCAUUAAUCUGUCAAGUCAUGUCAUGAUCAAGCAGCUAGACAGACACCAACAUGAGUUGGGCUCUGCACAGAGUAAAUCUAUCGGAACAUCGACUCCUUCAUCUCGUCAAUCUAUAGCUUGGGCUUCGAUUGAGUCGAUUCCUGCGAUGCGAGAAAUUCUCGAUCGCUACUCAGCAGCAGACAACGUGCAAUACACAUUGACGACAGACUCGAACCUUCUUUUAUAG